AUGAAUUCCCCUGGCCUGGAGGAAGGCAACCGAACGCCAAGUCCAAACUCAGCAGACGACGUAUGGGCGCUCUGGGACCGCAUAUUAGCAGCAAUAGAUGAUAUGUCAGACGAGCAACAGUGGUGGUUUCUCGAGACUAUUCAAGAGAUUGUUCAAAUCAGACUGGAUACUUGUAAGAAGAGGGUCAGAGGUUUUCCUCACUCUGACGAGAGUGGGGAGCUACAAAAUUCGACCGAUGAACCAGCCCUUAUGAGUGACUUAUUAUCAAGACAAGGUACAGUCAGCUCACUAGAGUCAACUGGACCGGGCAGCGUCACUACCAAUCAGACUCAUGACUCAGAACAAUCGACAACGUCGCAAGAUGUUCCCGAACAAGUCACUGAAGACACUUCUAGCAGCGGGAAACGAAAUGCCAAUAUUACCAACCAGAAACCAGGAGCGCCCAUCAACAAAAGACUGACUUGUGAGCUAGGGGAUUUGGGCCCAGCUACGGCAGUGACUCUUGGAGAGUUCUCAAGGAUGCAAAGUGUCCAAGAAAGCGGCUUCGGAUUAGUAACUGUUAGCGAUUACAGACUUCUCGACAGCAUCACUCUCAAGAUUUCGACUCGGGGGAGUAGCCAUGUUGUCCAAUGUUACAAGUCCGCCUUAUCGGCUAUUCGACCUGACGGUAGUCAACACAUCGAGUUCGAGAAACAGCAGCCCACUAAGCACGGCAGAACAAUUGAAUUGAAGCCCAACGAAGAGUCGUCCUCAGAAAACUGCGAUAUUUGGCAGCAUGUCUUCCGUUCUCUUGCAGGUGGUGUUCAAACCCCGAAGGAAUAUCUCAUCGGAGACAUACAAGCUUUUUUCGGCUCACAGUCUCCAUAUCUCGAAUGUGGGAAGCACCUCCGCGACGUUUUCAGAGGCGAAGGCAACUUUCCUGGAGUUACAGAAUCCUACUUGUACUAUUCGGAAGGAGGACAGACAUGCACUGGAAUGCAUGUAGAGGAUCUGCUUGUGCCAUCGGCUAACUUCGUCCGCUGGGGCUCUGCUAAGGUGUGGUUGAUCGUCAAACCUAGUUCAACCAAACGCUUGGAAGGGCAGAUAUCUGCAAGCUGCGCUACUUGGAAUCAACCAACCUCGAUCUGCUCUCAGUUCGUGAGACACUUGAAUAUGAUUAUCCAGCCAGAUACACUAGAUCGGUGGGAAGUUGAAUACGACAUAGUCCACUGCGCUCCUGGUCAGCUCAUCUUUACGAUGCCCAACACGUACCAUCAAGUUGUCAACUUGGGUGCAAAUCUCGCUGAAGCUGUGAAUCUGGCAUGGGAGAAACUAAACGAUAUUGGUCUUCAGGGAUAUGAGUUCUGCUCGGACUCAUGUUCUAUGCAGAGAACUAUCAACCAGUCUCACAUCCGGACUUUGCCGAACUCAGGACAGGAUGAACGGGAUAAUAUGAAGGAGAUAGGUGAAGAAACCCGACCAUCAGAAGAACGUAUCGAAAUUCUGCAGCUAUAUUGUCAUGCGUCUGACAAUUCCAGGUCCGGAACAGGCGACUUGAGCGACAAGGCGACUAGAGCCUCACAAAACACCACCCACAAGCCCCAGAUUGUCGAUAUCAAUCCAGAGAAGGCAAAGCAGAAUGGCACAAAGAAAAGAUCAAGAGGAUCGGAGCUCGAGCAGUCGCCUUGCAAGCUUCAAAAAACAGACAGCACUUCUGGUGAGAUUGCGCAGGAAAUAUUGAAUGGGGGCGGCGGCAAGAGAUGCCUUGGAAUCCUGAAGACGUGGCGAGGAUUGUGCAGCGAUCCUCUACCAUGGCGUUUCCUUACAAACACCCAGUCGACCAACAUAGAAUACAUCCAAAGCUUGACAGAAAGGAUACUUCUCAUGCAAGACCAAAGGAGUCUGAUAACUUAUCUACGCCGGCUCGGAAUGAUCAUAAUGCAUGUCCGCACCAGCCCCCAAGAGGAGUCUUACCGGUUACGCCGGUCAAAGGAAGAAAAGAAUGCGAUUGACCGUGAAAGGAAGCGCAGAGCGGCAACAAAGUUCUUAUGGCGUGGAAACGUUUUGUCUAGAGUUAGUGGAACGGACUCUGGGUUUUUGCCAUGUCUGAAAACCACCGAUACGGAAAUGGGUUGUAAAACGGCCCAGGAGAUCAACGACUACAUCUCAUCUUGCCCCGAAAAGUCCUCGAUAUUGCGAGACUUUGGAUCAAGCUUUGCAAAAAUAGUGCAAAACGGCAAUGAUGCAGUCUUUGAGUACGACCGCAUGGUGCUCGACAACCCGUCCCUUGCGAUAUCCGCACACGAAUUAAGCCCCGCGGAGAUUCUGCAUGCUCUUACUCCCUUGACAGUUACAUGGGAGCAACAUCAAGAGACUAUCUUCAGACAGCAAACGGUCCCAGCAUAUAUACCUUGCUUUUCAUGCAAGGCACACGGAUCUUGUCAGUGUUAUCAAAACCUCUCGCAGCGGCCGCAUGUUGCAAUGAGGAUUUGCAUCAAGGCCGACCAGAACCCACCGAUACAACUACGAGCCAUCCACCCCCAACCAGGCCAGGGUUCCCUGUCGAUAAGACAAGGGGAGUGCGUCGCGAUGAUACCAGGGAAGGUGAUACAGCAAUGUGCCGCAACCGCCAGCAUAUGGGAGACGGACCAACCAUUCAUACCGCUGACACCCGACCUAGCUGUGGCUGUCGAUAUGGCUCACAUUUACAUGAAGAUUUUGCUCAGAACUACCGGGCACAAUCUGCCUGAACCAAACUUGCGCGUUGCGAUUCGUGACGUUUCAGGUAUUGCCCGAGCAAUCCUGGUAGCCGAUCGCGAUAUAUACGAGAAUGAGAUUUUCGUACUAGACAAAAACACCAUCAGAGUCUAA